AUGCAUAUGGUUCGACAGAAUCCGUCAUUAUUAUCACAGUUGUUCACAUCGAACCCUGCAAUUUCAUCGGCUAUGGAGCACUACAUACGAAAUGCUAUGCCAAAUUUUCGGAAUACUUUGCAAAGUCCAGAAAUGUUGCGAACAAUUUCUAAUCCAAGAGUGCUUGAAGCAUUCCAUCAAAUUCAUACUGGCAUGGAUACUUUACGUCGUGAAGCUCCACAACUUUUACCUCCUGGAUUGUAA